GAAAUCAGUUGUCUUGUCUAGAGCAUCACUGUUGUACCGUACAGAUAGGUCGUGUUUAACACCCAAAGUCCAGCUCGUCCCUUCUCCUCCUUUCUUGUUUUUCAAUCUUCCCGAUGCCUUUCAUUGACGAUUCAAGCCGUCAUACGAACGGGAUGAAUUCCGCUGCGCCCGCGGACGUGGUCCUCGAGCCGAAGAAACUGGUGUUAUGCUUUGACGGAACUGGCAAUACAUUCAGCGGCUCCAAUGCCGACACAAACGUCGUGAAGAUCUUGAACAAGCUAGAUCGUCAUGCCCCUCGCCAGUUCCACUACUAUCAAACUGGUAUUGGAACGUAUGAUAUCAAUGAGAAGUCGGUGAACAAGUCAUGGUUUGGUGAGAUGCGUAGCUCCAUUGCCAUGACUAUCGACCAAGGCAUUGGUAAUACGUUCGACGCUCAUGUGAUGGCUGGGUAUCGCUUCUUGAUGAAAUACUACGACACUGAUGCCAAGAUCUACAUGUUCGGCUUCAGUCGAGGAGCUUUCACUGCCAAGUUCUUAGCCCGUAUGGUCAACACUGUAGGACUGCUGUGCAAAGGCAAUGAGGAAAUGGUUCCUUUCGCCUAUCGUCUCUAUCAGCGCUAUCUAGCAGGCGAGGUAGAAGACUUCACAGCUCAGCAACUAGCAUGUUAUGAUGAUGAUUGUGCUUCUGAAAAUACAGAUGGAGCUAAUCCCAUGAUGGACGAUAACGAAGCAGGUGAUCACUCACCUCAUGGGCACAAUUUUGAGCUUGCGCAUAACGAGAUCACUGCUUUCAGCAAUACAUUCUGCCGCAAGGAGAUGGUAACUUUCAUGUCCGAUGACAAGGAGGUGACUGAAGAGAGGAAUAUCAAAGUGUACUUCCUCGGUAUCUGGGAUUGCGUUAAUUCAGUUGCACCCUUGGAGCGAAAGACGCCCGUUCCUGUGCCUGUCAAGGGGACUGCACGAUAUGUUCGGCAUGCCGUCGCCGUCGACGAACGUCGAGUCAAGUUCAAGCCAGCCCUGCUAGCUCAAGACAUACGGGCAACCGCCAAGAAUGACGAUGAAGACUUGAAGGAGGUUUGGUUCCCCGGAUGUCAUGGGGACGUAGGUGGAGGCUGGCCGGCUGUGGCUGGGCAUCCUCUUGAUACCAACGCCGACUCUGCCAAGUGGACUGUAUGGCAGAAGAUCAGAAACAUUUUUACUACACGCAAGCCAACUGAGGCUACCAAAGAUGUCCGAACCGACCCAUUCCAGAUGAGCGAUAUUCCGUUGGCAUGGAUGCUUCGUGAGCUAGAGCUCGUCGGUCAGAAGGAUCCGGAAGCCGCCAUUCAAUUCUCAAAGAACUUGGGCGGCUUCAAACGUGCAUUCCAAAAGAGAAAAAGGGAAGCCUUGACAGGCGUAAUGCAUGACUCCCUUAGUUUUGGAUACGGGACGGGCUUCUUCAAGGUGUUAUUGUGGAAAUUCAUGGAGGUGCUGCCUACCAUUACAAGAUGGGAGAUGGAAAAGAACAUGUGGGUCAAUGUUCGCUUUCCUCUCAACAAUGGCGCGCCGCGAGAUAUCCCGCCUGACGCCAUUCUACACGAGUCGCUUAUCUGGCGGCUGAAGAAUAACCCAACGUACUCCCCCAAGAACAACAACGGCGGACACUCGCCGGCUUGCCUGAAGCAUAAGGGGAAUGUCGCAGCGUUCGACACGCUCGACGAGUCGAAGUCCGGCCCGGGUGCCUUCGGUAUUGCCUCGCAAGUGACACCUGACCCCGACCAUCAGGCAUACAUCUUCGCCAACCUACCUCAAUCAGCAUAAUCACGCAAAGACCAUGUAUACGAGCGGUCUGCAUGUGCGCAUCAUACUUAUGUUACCUUGUACCACAAUCUUGUAUUGUCGGCGUUAUCAUUCCAUUUUUUAGGAAAUAAUUUGUAAAGAGUAUGCAUUUAUGAUAUCAGUCAAAUAAUGAUGUGCAAUUGAAGCGCCGAAU